AUGAUUGGGAACACAAGCUGUCAACAAUUUUGUACAAAUACAGAGGGAGGGUAUUUCUGUUCCUGUUCUCAAUCAUAUGAAUUAGGAAAUGACCAAAAAACAUGUACACUAACAACCACAUCAACCACAACCACCACCACAACCACCACCACAACAGAAGCUCCUACAACCACAACAACAGAAGCUCCUACAACAACAACAAUAGAAGUUCCUACAACCACAACAACAGAAGUUCCUACAACAACCACAACAGAUGUUCCAACACCCACAGCAGAAGCUCCUUCAACCACAACAACUAGAGAAGCUCCUACAACCAUAACAACAGAAGCUCCUACAACCACAACAACAGAAGUGCUAACAUUUAAAGCAACAGAAGCUCCUACAACCACCACAACAGAAUUUGCUACACCCACAACAAUAGAAACCCCUUCAACCACAACUACAAAAGCCCCAACAACCAUGAGUACGACAACAGAAGCUUCUACAACCACAACAACAGAAGUUCCUACAACCACAACAAAAGAAGCUCCUGCAACCACCACAACAGAAGUUCUUACAACCAGAACAACAGAAGCUCCUACAACCACCACUACAGAAACUGAAGCACCAACAACUACCACAACUACUGAAACUCCAACCACUACAAGAACUACAGAGGCACCAACAACUACCACUACAGAAGCCUUGACCACUACUACUGAAGCACCAACAACUACCACAACUACUGAAACUCCAACCACUACAACAACAACAGAGGCACCAACAACUACCAUCACAGAAGCCUUGACCACUACUACUGAAGCACCAACAACUACCACAACUACUGAAACUACAACAACUACACAGGCACCAACAACUACCACUACAGAAGCCUUGACCACUACUACUGAAGCAACAACAACUACCACAACUACUGAAACUACAACAACUACACAGGCACCAACAACUACCACUACAGAAGCCUUGACCACUACUACUGAAGCACCAACAACUACCACAACUACUGAAACUACAAGCACUACAACAACUACAGAGGCACCAACAACUACCACCACAGAAGCAUGCACCAAAAACUACCACUACAGAACUGAAACUCCAAGCACUACAACAACUACAGAGGCACCAACAACUACCACCACAGAAGCCUUGACCACUACUACUGAAGCACCAACAACUACCACAACUACUGAAACUCCAAGCACUACAACAACUACACAGGCACCAACAACUACCACUACAGAAGCCUUGACCACUACUACUGAAGCACCAACAACUACCACAACUACUGAAACUGCAACCACUACAACAACUACACAGGCACCAACAACUACCACUACAGAAGCCUUGACCACUACUACUGAAGCACCAACAACUACCACAACUACUGAAACUCCAAGCACUACAACAACUACACAGGCACCAAAAACUACCACUACAGAAGCCUUGACCACUACUACUGAAGCAACAACAACUAGCACAACUACUGAAACUCCAAGCACUACAACAGCUACACAGGCACCAACAACUACCACUACAGAAGCCUUGACCACUACUACUGAAGCACCAACAACUACCACAACUACUGAAACUCCAAGCACUACAACAACUACAGAGGCACCAACAACUACCACUACAGAAGCCUUGACCACUACUACUGAAGCAACAACAACUACCACAACUACUGAAACUCCAAGCACUACAACAACUACAGAGGCACCAACAACUACCAUCACAGAAGCCUUGACCACUACUACUGAAGCACCAACAACUACCACAACUACUGAAACUCCAAGCACUACAACAACUACAGAGGCACCAACAACUACCACUACAGAAGCCUUGACCACUACUACUGAAGCAACAACAACUACCACAACUACUGAAACUACAACAACUACACAGGCACCAACAACUACCACUACAGAAGCCUUGACCACUACUACUGAAGCACCAACAACUACCACAACUACUGAAGCUACAACAACUACAGAGGCACCAACAACUACUGAAGCACCAACAACUACCACAACUACUGAAACUCCAAGCACUACAACAACUACACAGGCACCAACAACUACCACUACAGAAGCCUUGACCACUACUACUGAAGCACCAACAACUAGCACAACUACUGAAACUCCAAGCACUACAACAACUAUACAGGCACCAACAACUACCACUACAGAAGCCUUGACCACUACUACUGAAGCACCAACAACUACCACAACUACUGAAACUCCAAGCACUACAACAACUACACAGGCACCAACAACUACCACUACAGAAGCCUUGACCACUACUACUGAAGCACCAACAACUACCACAACUACUGAAACUCCAAGCACUACAACAACUACAGAGGCACCAACAACUACCAUCACAGAAGCCUUGACCAGUACUACUGAAGCACCAACAACUACCACAACUACUGAAACUACAACAACUACACAGGCACCAACAACUACCACUACAGAAGCCUUGACCACUACUACUGAAGCACCAACAACUACCACAACUACUGAAACUCCAAGCACUACAACAACUACACAGGCACCAACAACUACCACUACAGAAGCCUUGACCAGUACUACUGAAGCACCAACAACUACCACAACUACUGAAGCUACAACAACUACAGAGGCACCAACAACUACCACUACAGAAGCCUUGACCACUACUACUGAAGCACCAACAACUACCACAACUACUGAAACUCCAAGCACUACAACAACUACACAGGCACCAACAACUACCACUACAGAAGCCUUGACCACUACUACUGAAGCACCAACAACUACCACAACUACUGAAACUGCAACCACUACAACAACUACACAGGCACCAACAACUACCACUACAGAAGCCUUGACCACUACUACUGAAGCACCAACAACUACCACAACUACUGAAACUCCAAGCACUACAACAACUACACAGGCACCAAAAACUACCACUACAGAAGCCUUGACCACUACUACUGAAGCACCAACAACUAGCACAACUACUGAAACUCCAAGCACUACAACAGCUACACAGGCACCAACAACUACCACUACAGAAGUCUUGACCACUACUACUGAAGCACCAACAACUACCACAACUACUGAAACUCCAAGCACUACAACAACUACACAGGCACCAACAACUACCACUACAGAAGCCUUGACCACUACUACUGAAGCACCAACAACUACCACAACUACUGAAACUCCAAGCACUACAACAACUACACAGGCACCAACAACUACCAUCACAGAAGCCUUGACCAAU